AUGAGUCCACACACACUCUCUGCUGUGAUAGAGAAGCACAUCCGCCAGCUGUGUCUCACUGACUUCCCCUGUGGACGUGGCAGCUUGAGGAAGACGGUGGACGGUGCAGUGGAGACAGAGGCAGAGGAGACAGACUCUCUCCUGGAUCUGCUGAUCUGUCCUCACUCUCCAUGGUGGCACGACGCAUCAUGGAGCCCUCAAGCUCUGACCCUGAGGAAACUGGCCGUGCUCUCACCUGAACGCCUCCACACCGACUUCGUUCACAAGUACUUCACUACGCUACGCAUCCUGGACGAGGAUGUGUCAGUCGUCGAUGGCGGCCUCUUGAAGUUCUCAAAGCUGGAGGAGCUGGUGCUGAGUGCCAACAGAAUCUCAGAAAUCCCUGCAGACAACCUUCCCUGCACUUUGAAGGUUUUGGAGCUGCGCGCCAACCGGCUGUCCGCUCUGAGCAGUCUCACCAGACGUCCGCCCCCCCACCUGUGGUACCUCGGCCUCGGCUCAAACGGUCUCGGUUCCUGUCAAGACACUGCUGAUCUUUCUGGAAGACACUGGCCUCAGCUGGUGUGCCUGGACCUCGGUGACUGUGAGUUCCAGGACCAGCGGGCUCUGCUCGGCGCCCUGACCACUCUCCCCUGCCUCAAGACGCUGGUGCUGGAGGGAAACCCCUUCACCCUGGCACACUCGUACCCGGGCCUCACUGUGGACACUCUGCCACAGCUCUCCUGCCUGGACAACUCAUGGAUCACCCCUGAGGAUAGACAUCGCUUUCAGGGCCUGGCCAAGCUGAGCGAUGUGACUGUGGAUCAGGCCUCGGUCACAGUGAGAGUGGGCCAAGUGAAGGGAAUCCCAGACCCACUGAUGAGUGUGGAGCAAAACGCUCCCGACUUCCCUGUUGUCACCUACAGCUAUUUCAUCACAUAUGAGUUCCUCACUGAUCAAACCUCUGUUGACCAGAAAGUUGCCACUGAGUCUAAAUGUGACACAGAGCACGUGACAGAGGACGCUGACCCACAAUCAGAUAAGAAUUGUGAAAGAGAGAAGUCUGCACCAGACACUGGCGAGUUGAAUCCUGAGGAGGCCUGCUGCGAUAUUGCACCUGUGUCGAGCUACAGCACGUCAAAGCUGACCUGGUCAGAGCACAUGGACUUCAGCGACACGCAGGUUCACACCGGCAGUGACCUGGGAGGCUUGAAGAAAUUCCUCAACCGAGGACUUUCCCUCAGGGUUGAAGAAGAAAAGGUGCUGUCCUGGCCCGCGGCCUCUGAAGAUGUCGCAGUGGCCAAACCGGGCCGACCUGUCAAAGAGAAGAAAGGCGGGAAAGAGAGAGAAUCCCCCAUCAAAUCUGGUCCCACCAAAGACAAGUCUAAAGACAGGAAGAGGAAGUCAGUCUCGGAGCUGGUCCAGGACCCCCCCGUCAGGAGAAGCCUCGUCUCCGUCCACGUCCCCCUGCAAAGUCUGGUCAGAGGAGAUGGAAAGGUCGACGUCCUCUGUGACCUCGGUAUCCUGCACACAGAGUCUGUGGCUGAAGCUACACCAACAUGUGAAAAGGUUCUGGAAAAGAAAAUCAAAGAGGAAAAGAAGAAGCAGGACAAGGACUCAAAGAGGAGAGGAGGUAAAGGAAAGGCCGGGAGGGAGCGUGAGGCGGACCUGGUCCCGGCCAGCAGCUCCGAGUGCGUCCGCCUGCAGCCAGCGACCCUGGAGCUGAGUGUGGAGCUGGAGAAAUGGGAGUCGGAGUCUAAAGCUCGCGGACUCCUGCACCAAAAGCAAAACCCCAAAAGCGCAGAGACCGGAGGGUUGAAUUGA